GAACGAAAUUCCCCCCAGUUCAUUCAUCGCCACCGCCAGCCAAAUCGAUUCCCGGCGAUGCCCGCGCCACCGCCAGCGCCGUGGCCCGUGUCACAGGACCUCGCGGCGCUCGCCGGGCGCGCCCGCUCCCUGUCCCGCGGGGACGCCGGCCUGGCGGGCCUCGCCGCGGCGCUCCUCCGGAUCCAGCCCGUCGCCCGGGAGCUGGAGCGCCGACCGGGGCCCCCGCCCGGCGGCGCCGAGGCCCCCGCGCUGCACGCCUGGCUCGCCGAGCUGGGGGCCGCCGUGGCCGACGCCGAGGACCUCCUGGACGACCUCGACCGCCGGCGCCUGGCCGGCCCGGCGAUCUCCAGCUGCGUCGGUGCCGCCCUCCGUGGCCCCGGCAGGAAGCUGCGGCGGCUGGCCGAGAGGCUCGACUGCGUCCGCGACGGCUCGGAGCGGCUGCCGCUUGGCCGUGCAGCGGGGUGCGGGGUGCGAUCGCCCAACCGCGUGACGGGCUCCGUCCUCGCCGAGCGGAGGGUCUUUGGGCGUGACCAAGUCUGCGACGACAUAGUCGGCAGGCUCGUCGGUGAUGGCGAGGAAAUAUGUCGUCCGGUUGCGCCAGUUGUUGCAGUGGUUGGCCAUGGAGGCAUGGGAAAGACCGUGCUUGCUCAGUGCGUCUACAAUGAUGCGAGGAUUCAAGAGUACUUCGAUCUUAGAGCUUGGAUCUGCGUCUGGGAUAGGUUGGACGAAGCUGAGCUCACCAGGGAGAUAUUGCAGUCCACUGGUGGUGCAGAUGAUACAUCCUACGAUGAUAGUUUGGAAAUGUUGCAGGAGAAGCUUGGAGAAGUGGUUGCGUCCAAGAGAUUCUUCCUAGUUCUUGAUGAUGUUUGGAAUGACGAGGGGAAGACUGAGCUGCAGAAUAGGUCCGUGUGGAAUAAAGUGUUGGCACCUCUUAACUCUGCCGCAAUCGGGAGCAGGAUCUUGGUGACCACUCGGAUGAAGCUAGUAGCAGAGGUUCUCAAUGCUGCAUACGUGAUCACGCUUGACGGAUUAAAAGUUGCAGAUUGUUUAUUGUUGUUGAAGGAGACUGUGUUGAGUGGUGAAACCAUGGAUUUUCCUCCAGAGCUGCUAGAGUUUGGGAGAGCCAUUGCUGCAAAGGUGAAGGGUUCUCCUUUGGCCACUAGAGUUAUUGGGGAAAUGCUAAGGAACACCAGGAGCACACGGAAAUGGAGAGCAAUGAUGGACACAGAAAUUUGUGAUAAUAUUAUUAUCUCCUCCCUCCAACUCAGUUAUCAACACUUGCCAGGUCACCUCCAGCGCUGCUUUGCGUACUGCAGCAUAUUUCCAACGACUUGGAGGUUUAAUCGACAUAAGUUGGUAAAAAUGUGGAUAGCUCUCGGUUUCGUUCAACCACCAACAGAAGGGAAAAGGCUGGAAGAUUUAGGAUACAAAUACUUUGAUGAUCUCCUAUCACGGUCCUUCUUUGGGUCUGCAAAUAAAGAUCACCAAACAUAUUACUUCCUGGAUGACCUAAUGCACAUUUUGGCACAGCGUUUUUCUGCUCGAGAUUGCAUGAAAAUUAAUGAGGACAUUCCUGUUGUGAUUCCACCAACUAUUCGUCACCUAUCUGUCUCAACUGAUUAUUUACCACAGUUGAAGGGCAAAUACAGGUUGGGAAGGCUGCGGACAUUAUUAGUUCUCAGAAGCUCGUCCUUACCCUCGAGUCAUUUCCCUAGUAAACUUCUGGCCAAAUUUAAGAACUUGCGUGUCCUGGAUCUAAGUGAAUCUGAUAUUGCAGAGUUACCAGAAACUAUUGGUCAGUUGGUUCAUCUCCAUUACCUAGCUUUCUGCAGUAUGACUAACAAACUUCCCAAGAGCAUAUACAGGCUUCAAUAUCUUGAGGUGCUACCUGUAUUGUUGUUCCAAGAUAACCAUCCUGGAGGUGCUGGCAAAUUUGCUACAGUUAAAAAUCUCAAAACAUGCUAUGGAAAUUAGGUCAAUUAAGAUUUGAUGUGUAAGGGUAUGCAUAAGAGUUGAACUUCGUUCUUCUUAGAUGACAGUGUUAUGGUCAGAGCAUUAACCUACGAAGUUGAUUGGUUAAUAACAUGACCAGCUUCCUUGUGUGCUUUCAGAAUCAAAGUUUACAAAUGAUCCAGGAGCAAACAUUAAGUGCCAUAUUUCUUCUUUUUUUAAGAGAGGAGCAAUUCGAUACCUGCAAGCUGUAUAAUUCAUUUGGACGCGACCUGUCUUAUGUGAUUUGGUGUCAGAAUAACUCCAAUUCGGUGGAUCAAGAAUCAGGUUGUUCACAUCCUUUGGAAAUUAAACUGUUCCCUAUUGGUUUUUUUGCUGAUCUCCAGGAUGGUACUUUAUUUGUGGCCUUUAAAGCUCCCAAUUACUGGAGUAUCUGCCAGUUCUGCCUAAUUUUUGUAUCCUCACAAGCUGUGUAUAGUUCAUUUACAUUUCUUUUCCUUUUGAUUUCUCAUUUUGUAAGGUAUUGUAUUUUGGUCGUGUUCACUAUUAUUGCUUUUCUACAAGAAAAGAAGUAAAGUUAUGGUACUCUGGGACUAAAUUUAGGAUGCAGUUUUGCUUUGA